CUCGCGUUGUCGAGCUUCCAAUGGCCCAAGAACGCCGAAGAGCCGCCCAAGACCGCCGCAAGACCACCUCCUUGGGCAUUUUGGCUCAAGCCAGUUAGGCUCAACAAGUGUUCGCUCCUCUUGCGGUCCAACGACCGAGCGCUGCCUUGUUCGACAAUCUGGUGAUUGGUGUUCGAACGCACGCAGUCUCGCACAUUGGUCAUGGCGGGCGUUAAGGUGAUCAUCAAGAACACAUUCUUCGAAUUCGAGAGCUCCAUGGACGAGCCCUAUGUAGCCUCUGGCUGUAGCACGCGUCGAGUUCAGUCAUGCCCACCUAUCCGUGGCAAGGACAAAGACCAGAGCAUUGUAAACGAGGAUGGUUCUGGUGGUUCGCGGCUCGAACACACCUCGACACGCAGCGACGCCAGCCGCAGUCUCAGUCUCAGUAUUCGGGCGGACCCGGCCAUCGCUCACGAGGAGCCCGAGGAUGAUGCACUCAGCUGCUGCUCGGUCGACCACUACUCGUGUUGGCAGUCGUCUCAUAAUCUGCUUGUCCGUGCCGAUCUUGCAAGCAAUUUGGGCAAGAGUCCGCCAGCUGGCAAGCAGAGUGGUCAGACAUCGGCCUCUCCCAGCGCACGCACGCCUCUGACCAGCACAGCCGAAAGCUUUACACCUGUGGGUUGCAAUGCUGCGGUGUUCAUUCCCGGCUGCCCACAGAAGACGGGUGCGUCGGCCUUCCCCAUUUCCUCUCCAGGGCAGGGGCCUGAUCUUGACAUCCAACACUUAGCCACUGACAGCAAGCACUACACCACGCUGGUCGUAAGAAAUAUGCCCUGUGGUGUCACACGCGAUGAGUUUAUCCAUGCGAUUAACGGGGAAGGGUUCGAAGGAACGUACGAUUUUGUUUACGUGUCAAUAGAUUUCAAGACCUACCAGAGCAAGGGGCUCGCGUUCGUGAACUUUGUCAGCGAGGAGCUCGCCAACAGCUUCAUGGGUGCUUUCAACGGCUUCACGAAGUGGCCGAUCCGGUGUAGGAAGCCCUGUACAGUAACGUGGUCGCGUGUUCAGGGGAUUCGGGCUAAUCUUGACCUACACCAGCGCAGCUUUCUCAUGACCGAUCACGUCCCCGAACAGUUCAAGCCUGCGGUCUUCGUCGGUAAGUCUCGGGCUCUUUUCCCGCAGCCCACUUAGUUGCCGCAAGCUUGGCAACGUCUGCUGCGAUCCGUAAAUUUGAGUCCCGAGCCUCAUCUCUCGUUGUCCUCCUCCGCCCGUCCUCUUUGCUCCCUCGCACCGUCCAUUCCUCGCCCGCCUGGGGCUGCAAGUCUUGAGGUCGAGGUUCACUUGAUUCAGCGUGCUGGUCCAGCACCCUGCGCCAACCACGAGAGAACUCAAAGCGAUUGGCCCCAAGGAGUGAUGAUCUUCGCUCAAUACCAGCGGGUAUGCUUUCCCCGUGCGGUCUCCGUGCGAGUUAGAAGCCAGUGCCCCCCUCACCCUCUCAUCUUUUCCAAUAGACCUCUUCAUGCUCCCAGUUCUUGACCUCUCCUGUGAAUCAUGCGCGCGCCGCACACGUCGAGUUGCUCUGCCCGUACUCCCACCUGUUGGCAGCAAGUUUUUGCCCCGCGCUGCCCUGCUUGUGUUUGCCCUCUGCUGGCUGGUCCGUGCUCUGCUCCUGGCACGCGCGUCUCCUGAGCACCGUCGUCUGACUCAUGACGAUGAUCUUCAGGAGGGAACGCAGACACAAUUAAUCGUCGAUUCCCCAG